AUGGCCAGCCCUGUUCGUGCUGAUGGAGAUGCCCAGGUGGAGCAGCCUGUGGAAGCGGCUCCUGCCGCCUCAGGAGAUGGGGAGAGUGCAGCCCCAGAGGCCCCGGUCGGGGGAACCUCGACGACUUUGACGACCUUUCCUUUCAAGAAUGAAGACCUGCUUCGUGUUCAGGCUUCUCGUCUCCAAGACGCCAACCUUGGAAAAGCAGAGUUGUCAGCGGAAUUGUUUGCUCAAUGCUCGCUUUUGGAGCUGAAGUCUGAAGCUGCCCGCUGGCACUCGGCCAGCGACCAGGCGACCAAGGAGGGCACGAACGAAGAUAAUACUUUGGUCAAAGACGGCCCACUCACAGGCCGGAGCCUGAGCCACGUUGUGAGGGUGCAGGAAGGCAACAAGAAUCGGCUUCAAGCUCUGCGUGACGGGGAAAACCUCUACAGUUUUUCAUACUUCUCGAAGUAUGUGUCAGUGGAAGAGGGCUCCCUCCGGUCGUUUGUCGGGGACAUUCGCGAGGGGAAUCGUGACGCGGUCCUUGACGUGAUCAGAUGGACCACCCAAAAGAUGUCAGAGUCCCAGGAGAGUGUCCGAAGCAUGACCACCUUUCUUCGUUAG